AAGACCACUUUCGGAUUUUUUUCCCCCCUGGUUUUUGAUUUAUAAAACGUUGAUGGAAUAAGUGGGGAACCUUAUAGAGCCAUACCCUCCUAAGCUACCAUACAUUUAUGCGUGUGGUUGUGUGUGUGUAGGCGCAACACACACAAUUCAAAUCAGUAAUAUAUAUAUAUAUAUCACUGAAUAAUCACACAAUACACACACAGAGAUGGGUAGAAGCCCUUCUUGUGCAAAGGAAGCUGGCUUCAACAGAGGGGCAUGGACUGCUGAUGAAGACAAAAUUCUCGAAGACUACAUCAAAAUCCAUGGUGAAGGCAAAUGGAGAAACCUUUCCAAGAGAGCAGGUCUUAAGAGAUGUGGGAAGAGUUGCAGACUUCGUUGGUUAAACUAUCUAAGACCAGAUAUUAAGAGAGGAAACAUUACCCAUGAUGAAGAGGACCUCAUAAUCAGACUUCACAAGCUCCUAGGAAACAGGUGGUCCCUAAUAGCUGGGAGACUUCCCGGGCGAACAGACAAUGAAAUCAAGAACUAUUGGAACACCAACAUUGGCAAGAAGAAAUCGAAAGCUGGUCACACAAAUAAGCAUCAAUCCAAACAAAACCCAAGUUCCCCAAACACUGGACAGCCAGUUUCUGACCUACCUGCUUCAGGAUCACCUGCAAUCGAAUCAAGGUGCACCAAAGGAUCCAUCAACGUCGAAUUGGAAACGAAUCAAGAACUUGAUACUAAGCCGGUGGUUGCACCCUCCAUGUUAGGGCUGGGACCGGAGUCGUUCAUUUCCAGCCAUCAAGAAAACCAAUCUGAUUUCAUGAUGGAUCUUGAAAUGGAUGAGAAGUUGCUAUCCGAUUUUCUAAACACGGAUUUUGGAACACUGUGUGACUUUGUUCAUAAUGGGAUAGGACAAGGUGAUAGUAACAUUAAUAGUACAAUUGAAACAAGCUGCUCCUCCUUGAAUUCUGAUCAAACACUUUUGUUCUCUGAAGAGAAGUUACAUGACUCAAAUCAUCAGUGGAUGUCCUGUCUUUCAAAUCCUGAGAUAGACUGGUUUCGAGAUUAAUAGAAGAGAGAGAGAGAGAGAGUUUUUAGGUAGCUUUAGAUGGUCAUUGAAAUUUAAUUUUGUUGUGUCAAGUGUACUCUGUACUGUGUAGUGUUUUAUGAAGUCUAGUGAGAAUAAGAUUCAUGUAGAGGUGGUUGGGUCAAAUUAAUUUGAGUUGAGUUGUAUGAUCCUCUUGUAUAUUAUC